AUGGAAACUAAAAUUCCAGAUGAGAUUUCCAAGAGAUUUUGUUAAAUGCAUGAUAAUUAUGAGAUUAUUGCUGUAGAUUUAAAUAUCUCUUGUAAUAAAAAAUUCCUAUGUGCAAAAUGCUUUCUUGAUAUGAUUGGAACAAAAAGCAUUGUUCUUUAUGAUAAGGCUAUGUAAAUGAUUAAGGACAUGAAGAAUAAAUCAGAUGAAAAAAAAUCAGAAUUGAAUAAAAUUAAACUUUAGAAUUUGAAAUAACUCUAAAAUUCAACUGCAUAAUUUGAGGGGCUUAUCAAGAAUACAUUAAGUAAAUUAUCGGAUAGUAUUGAACAUUAAAUAAUUGAAAAUUAAAAUGAAUUAGAAACAACAGAUUCAUAAAUAUAAACUGUAGAUUUAGAAGAAGAUAUUCAAAUUCUAUCAACAAAUUAUAAAGAAAAUGAAGAGUUCAAUAUGCCUGUUUAAAAUAUAGAUAAGAGUAAAUUAUCUUAGUUUUUUGAUUCAAUAAAGGAAUCAUUAAUAUAAUUAUAAAGUUCUUAACAUUUUAAUUAAAUCAAUUAAUUAAUUGAAAAUAUUGAAAAAUAAUUAUCAAUUAAUUAAGAUACAAAAAAUAAAUAAAUUGAAGAAUAUGUAAAUUAAUAUUAUUAUUUAGAAAACACCAUCUUUAAAUUAAUUAUGUUCUAAACAUAACUAUUAAAUUAUAUCUGUUAAUUUAAAUUAAAUAUAAAAUAAUGAAAAUUUGAAUAGAUUGGCUUGUAUUUAAUGUAUUUAAGAGGUUCCUAUUUAAUAUGUUACAUUAAAUGAAACAAGUAAGAGAUGGAAUGAAUUUGUAGAAUAACAAGAUGAAAUGAAAUCAAAAUAUUAAAGAUAAAGAGAAUUUAAAAUAAAAACAGCUAUUAAAUUUAUUUAACAAUUAAAAUAAUAAUAUUAAAAGAUACUAACUGAUAUUAUAUAAUCUUUAAAUGAUUAACUUAAUUAAGUUAUUGAAGAUCCAUAAUAAAUUAAAUAAAUGGACAUAAGUGUCUUUUUACAAUUAGAUGAAAAAUCAAUCUAAUAAAUUGUUAAUAUUCUAAGUUUGAAGGAUUAGCAUCAUUCUCUUAAAACUAUAUAAGAAAAUACAGAUAAAGAUUAUACAUAAUUUUAAUAAUAAUUAAUAUCAAAGUUAAAUAAUUUAAUUUAAUAAGAAGAAAAAUUGAUUAAAAUCUCUAAUAAUAAUGAAAAUGGUAAUGAAAUUAUAUUAUAUUAAUAGUAUAAUUAGAUGAGUCUGAAUUUGGUAGCUCAAUUAUUAAUUUUGACCAAGUAACUUCAACUGAAAACUCAUGUUCAAAUGAUUAAGAAAUCGUUUAACUUAUUGGUAAGAUUAGACAGUUCAAUAUUUAUAACAGUAUUUUUAAUUAAGCUAUAAACUAAUAUAAUGAAAUUGUUAAUUCAAUUAAUAAUUUAUCUAACUAAGGAAAUUAAAAGAGUAUGAUACCAAAAAAUAGAGAUUAAUAAAUAGAAAACAAUAAAAUUAUAGUAGAUUCUAAUUCUAAUGAUUAAAUAUAAUAAUUUAAAUAGGAUACUAUUUUAAUAAAAAGACUACUCUCAGUUGAUUAAUUAGAAGAUGAAUUAAAACUUAAAAAAGCAGAAAAUGAAUUGAUUUCCAUGGAAAUUGAGAUUAUGAAACGAGAGAAAGAGAAAAUUACAAAGAAUCUUGAGAAAUCAAAAGAAGAAUGUAUUCUUAUCCAUAUAUUUUUAGAUUCCCUUUAAAUUAUAAAACUAGAAUAACAAUUAAAAGAUAAAUAAAAAGAAAAAGAUAAAAUUAAUGAUGGAUUAUAAUUUUCUUCUUGUUUGACAUUUUCAUAGACAUUCAAACAUAAAGAUUUUAUGAUAUCAUAAAAUGCAAAAAUACUUGAAUGCACUACUACAACAACUUACAAUUAUGGUUGUUGCUUAUGCGAUUAAAUGAUCCCAAAAUAAGGAGUUACAAGAUUUAGAUUUAAAAUAAUUGAAUUGUCUAACAUCAUGAUUGGAAUAGGUUAUAAAGAAAUGAUUUAAAAUACUAAUUAUCAAGGUAAUUAUAGUAUUGGCAAAGGGUAAUUUCUUAUUUCUUAUUAAGCUUAGAACUUACAGUAUAAGAUAUUGUGGUAAUUGUUGGAAUCACAAUUAAUAAGAUAAAAAUGGGACAAAGAUUGCAUUCCCAUAUAGUGUGAAUGACAUAAUAGAAGUAGAAGUAGAUAUCUAAAAAAAAUAUAUUAAGUGGACGAAAUAAUAAACAAACCAAUCUUUUGUAUAUAUAUAUUUGAAAAUUAGAUUCUUGAGAUUGAUACUUCAAUGGAUUUAUAUCCAUGCAUACAUAUGGAAGGAAAGUGUAAAGUUGAAAUCUUGAAAUGA